AUGGCCGGCCAACAAGACAGAUUAUCAAAUUUUGAUGCCGAAAUGACCCGCUUCGAAAUUGAAAUCGCAACAGCUGCUUCAUCGGUCCCAAAGUCGCUUUCAUCAAUGGCUCCUGUGAAUAUGUAUGUAAAUCCAACUCAAACAAAUAACCUUGGCAUGCCUCAUUUUGGACAGAUGUUAGGUUCUCAUGCUCCAACGUUUGCCUCAUUUGCAACAACCAAUCUUCCACCGCUUCCUCCUCCUCCGAACUUUGCAGCAUUUAAUCAAUCAGUGCAUUUACCUCCUCCAUUGCCAAUGCCAGUCGAUACAACAAAUUCACAAAUGUCUAAUUCAAUAAGACAACCAGUCAAUCCAUCAUUUUCUAGUCCAGGAUUAAAUUCAUCUCCAAGAGGAAAUUUAUUCGUACCUCAUCAACUUCGACAACGUGUGCCACAGCAAACAUCAGCAUUUUCAAUAAAAUCUUCUUCUCUCCCAGUUUCUGUAUCGCAAAUUCAACCAAAGGCUCAAUCACCUCCGCGUACUAUUUCGUCAACAGCAUCGCCACCUAAAACAUCCGUGUCGUCUACUCCAAUGUCAACAUUUGCGGCACAACCAUUAAUAUAUUCUAAAAAAUCAUUAUUGGUUGAAAAACCAGUGACGCCUUCAAAACUACCAGAUCCAAUCGUUUAUCGUACGUCAGCAGCAGCUCCAGUUAAUCCUCUUGAAGUUCAAAAGAAAUUAGAGCAGCUAGUUACACCAAAAAUUCCAAAAUCGAGUGCCACAUCUUCAAGUUCGAAAUCUAUGACAACAUCUCAAGCAAGUGAAUCGAUUGAUGACAUGGAUACUGAAUCUGGCACUGGAAAGAAAAAAGGGAAAAAAGGCACAAAAAAGUCACGUUAUGUGAGAAUGGCUGCUGGUCAAACAUGGGAAGACGAAUCUCUGGCAGAUUGGGAUACAGAUGAUUUUCGUCUGUUUUGUGGUGAUCUUGGAAAUGAAGUGAAUGAUGAUGUGUUAGCACGAGCAUUUAGUAAAUAUCCAACGUUUCAAAAAGCAAAAGUUAUACGUGAUAAACGAACAGGAAAAACAAGAGGUUACGGUUUUGUUAGUUUCAAAGAUUCACACGAUUUCAUUAAAGCCAUGAGAGAAAUGAAUGGAAAAUAUGUUGGAAAUCGACCAAUUAAACUUCGAAAAAGUCAAUGGAAAGAUAGAAAUUUGGAUAUUGUUAAAAAGAAAGUGAAAGAAAAAUUUAAAAUGGGACUUAGAUAA